UUCUUUUUGUAUAUGCAGGUGUAUUAUCUGAAAAAUCUGAGAAUGGAUUGACUACGUUUUACAUUAUUACAAGUUUACAGUAUGUUAAAUAAAGCCUUGGAAAUGGCUCUACAAUUGAUAAGUCUCAUUUGGGAUGUCUAGAACAUCUGUGCAAAGCAGCUGGAAUUAGUUGAAUACGAUAACCACUGCUGAUUGAGUUGCAUCCUCCAACAUGACCAGUCCUCAGCCUGCAAUAGAAGGCGGUGUUUCAGAAGUUGAGAUAAUUUCACAGCAAGUUGAAGAAGAGACCAAAAGCAUUGCCCCUGUACAGCUUGUUAAUUUUGCCUAUCGAGAUCUACCCUUAGCUGCACUUGAUCUGUCUGUGGCUGGGUCCCAGCUUUUGUCAAAUUUGGACGAGGAGUACCAAAGAGAAGGAUCUAACUGGCUAAAACCGUGCUGUGGGAGACGAGCAGCUGUGUGGCAGGGAUUUUUGCUCAGUGCAAGUCUCAACAGUUUCCUGGUAGCCUGUGUAGUGUUGGUGGUGAUUCUUCUGACUCUGGAACUCCUAAUAGAUAUAAAGCUUCUCCAGUUUUCAAGUGCUUCACAGUUUGCAGGAGUAAUUCACUGGAUCAGCCUAGUCAUCCUGUCUGUUUUCUUUUCAGAGGUAUGUAUGAUCAAAGACUUCCACCACGCACAGAACUGCAAGACUGUUUUGAGAAUUGUGGUCCUUGGCAUAUGGGAUUACAUUGAAAACAAAAUAGAGGUGUUUGAUGGUGCUGUCAUAAUCUUGUCCUUGGCACCAAUGGUGGCCUCAACAGUGGCUAAUGGCCCCAACAGCCCCUGGGAUGCUAUCAGCCUUAUUAUCACACUACGAAUAUGGAGAGUGAAGAGGAUCAUUGAUGCAUAUGUCCUUCCAGUGAAAGUGGAGAUGGAGAUGAUGAUUCAGCAGUAUGAGAAAGCAAAGGUUAUUCAGGAUGAACAGCUGGAAAGACUAACCCAGAUCUGCCAAGAACAAGGGUUUGAGAUCAGGCAGCUGAGGGCCCACCUUGCUCAGCAAGAUUUGGACCUGGCUGCAGAGAGAGAGGCUGCGCUGCAGGUCCCACACGUACUGAACAAGCAGAGCAGCAACAGGUACAAGGUGGUUGCCACUGAAGACUCAGAUGAUGAAGCCACUGAGACCAUCACUGAGUUGCAGUCUCCACGAGGUGAGUGCUGCCUGUGUGCUGCUAUCCACGGCACUAUUGUUCCCUUUCAUGGAGUGACUGAACCUACUACUUUCCCUCUGCUAGUGAAUUUAUUCAUUUCCCUGGAGACUGCAUUUUCCCAUUUUUGCAAAGAAGCUGUAUCUGCUCCAAAGUGGCAGAAGCUGUUGCAUUUUUGAGCAGAUUCUUACUAGAGCCAAUGAAACAACUCUGGAUGAAAAUGACAGCAAUAUACCUUCCCAAUGUCCUCAUGAUUGUAUCCCUCAAACACUAAAGCAGCAGCAGCAGCCAAAUCAGAAUAGGCAAAGCAGUAAUCACUCAGAGUUAAAAGUAGGGAAAUUGAGAAGAACUGGAAAACAAUUUCAGACUUUGGUUGCUUGCAAUUCUGUGGUUUAGGGAGGACUUAGGGCUGUUCUAAAUUGAUGUCAUGUCUCUCAGUUUUUACUUUGUCUGCUCAGAAGCCUGAUGCAUAAGUCAGCUACUGGUGUUCAUAGUGUUGUCUUUUCUCAUACUGGUUUUAAAAGUAUCAUGUUACAUGUAUUAGGCCAGAUUACCCUUGCCUGUAAGUCUAUUGACAGGACAGAUUGCCUACAUUAGGAGUUAAUUUGGGUGAUUUUUUUAUCUUUUUUUUUGGCCAUCAUCACGAAGAGUCUGGUGUCUGCUGGGAGAUACUCAAGUUCUUGUGUUCAAUAAAUGUUUAAAUGUACUAAGAGAUGUGGUUUAGUGGGGAAAUGGUAGUGGAAGUUGGACUGGAUGAUCUUGGGGGUCUUUUCCAACGUUGGUGAUUCUAUGAUUCUAAGUGUUGUGAUAUGGAUUAGAAAUAUAAGUGGAUAACUGCAGAUGUGCAAAUCCAUAGAAACCUGCGUGUUGUAUUUUAUUCUGUGUUCUCUGUAAUAUUUUAUGAAUUAAUGGAAACAAGACAAUCUCUCUUCUACUAGUUCCAGCCAUCCUGCUGGCUGCACCACAUCUCCGUUUGCCUUCCAGGUGGUGUGGCUGCCCACUCACCAGCAGUGAAGCUUGCCUUGGUUGGAGGCUUAUGCUCUCACUAAGUGGUUUAAAACGAAGUGGUUAAAAAUGCUGGACAGCUCAGCUGUGUUUAGGCUGGUGCAAGGAAAGGAACAUUUGCACACUGUAGGCAGCUCCUGUGCCUGUGCUGAGGAGCAGUCCUGUGGGUUGUCUUUUAGGUGAGAUGUGUGGUUCACGGGAAUACUAACACUUAUAUUUACCUACACCCUUUUUUUAUUAUCCCUGAAGUGCUAGACCAGAAGGCUUUAUUGGACAGGAUGUAGCUGCUUUAUCCAUGUUUCCCAAUGCUCAUGGUGGGGGGAGAGAAUGUGCCAUGAUCUCACUGGUGGUUAAUGUAAUAUUUCAUGUAGUAAUUUUUUAUCAUAAUGAUACCCAUUGGACAUCCCAAUUUUCUUGUUUCAGUAGAUGAGCAGUGCGUGGAUAUGCCUGAAUUAGAGGUUUAGUUGGUACCUUUAUUUGGUCAACUCCUCAGAAUUUAAGGCAUAGAAAUAUUUUAAUCAAAAGCCAUAGGAGAAAAAGCUUACCAGAUUCUUUGAAACUAUCUUUUUUUUCAUUCUCUACACAGUAAUGAAAGUUGCUUCUGUUUUGUCCUCUGUAGUAAUGUCUGAGCACUAACCACAAUUCAGCCAUUAAUUAUUCCUGAUUUGAAAUUGUAUUUAAAAGCAGGCAGUUGAGCAGACUGUCCCCUAAAAUGCAUUUCCCCCUUUUUGUAGGAUUUCAGAGAUUUCCCCAGUGGAUAUAUUAUAAUUUAUGCAUGCGUUCCUUGAGGGUUACAUUUGGAAUUGGAGAUUGUUGUGCACAAUUAGAAGGAGACUUGCUGAAAUUACAGUGCUAUGGAGAUUUAUCUGAUUUUUUUUUUCUGUCCAAAGUAUUUGUUCCAGAUUAACACAAGUACUCAUGGUUAGUUUCUCACUGUAAAAUGCUGGCUACACGUGCAUCAAAGUAGACACAUAAUCCUGGUUUCUAUAUUGUUAGGUUACAUGAUUCAUUAGAGCAAGUCAUGCUUUUCACUGGGAAAAAAAAUGCAUCCAGCAAAUAAGAAAGCAUGCACUACUUCACACAUCAGGUAAGGUGCAGUUAUCUUGCGUUUAAACAUUCGUACUGAGAAUGUAGAAUUAAUUUUUGGUUCCCAGAAGUCAACCAAAAACACAAGGAAAUAUUUUUUGUGCAUCACACUAUACAUUAUAUACAAAGCUUUUGCAGAUGAAUUCUUAUGAGCUAAGUUUAACAAGCUAAGUUUAGGUGACUCCACGUCUUACAAUUAAAAAGAAAGAAUGUCCUAUGGCCUUAUUGCAAGGGACAGCCACCUGUGAUAGUCUGCCAUUAUGGUGGAGUACUGACAAGGGGGACCAAGAUCAAACUCCCAGCAAUAAUAUUCAGUGCUUUAAUCCAUAAUCCUCGGAACAGUCAACUGAGGCAGAGGAUUUUGCAUGUAGUUGUCUGCAUUAUUUUGCAGAGAAAAGAAAUAAUCAUGUAGCACAUCCAUUAUCACAAGGCUUUGAAUGCUAUUGUAGCAAUGCUGACUUAGAAAUUGCUUCUGUGUAAGUUACAGGACUUCUAAACCUUAUUUAACAGCUUGAUAAGGCAGUUACCCCAGAAAAGAAAGUCAUUCCGUGAGCCAGCCCUGCCUGGUUCUUUUACCUCCUCACCUCAAUUGGGUCUUUGCUCUCCAGUAACAUGCUGGCUGUUGUAGCAGUAGCUUUCUCUGGUACCACUUUUUGGCAUCCUAUAAGUAUUUACAACCAUGGCUGUUUUCACCAACACACACAUUGGAUAACCUGGAUGUGAUACACCACAUAGAGGAAGAGCAUGUCUUCAGCUCAAGAGUCCAUUUGCACAGCAUGGAAUGGGUAUGUGGAUGAUGUAGGAUCUCCUAUGUUCAGGGCUUUCCCACCACUUCUACCUGGAGCUGUAAGCCACCAGUGUUUUCACCCCUACUUAUUAGGUCAAGGGUUAUGUAUUGCAAGUUACCCUCUCUUAUCAGACCACAGCAGGAAUUCCACUUUAACAUCCACUUUAACUGUGUUUUUUUUUCCCUUCUUUAAUACUCCGGAGUGACUACUGCAGUUAAUCAUUCUGUGGGCCACAUGGCAUUUGUGAGCUUUGAGAAACAUCUGCAAUUGCCUAUUGCAGUGACUAGUUUGAAGAGAAGUAAGGGACCAGUUUGCUAAUACUGCUAAAAGAAAAGCUGCAAUUCAAAGUCAGAAUUCAGCUGUCAGGCAAAACAGGCUCAGGAGAGGCUCUUCCUUUCUGCUCUGGCAGAACACGACCCUUACAUACAACACCUGAGGGUAGGGUAUGGCAUAGAAUGUAUAUGUUUGUGCCAAACUUAACUUUGUCAGCCUUCAAAAAAAAUUGCCAUCUUUGGAAGAGCUCUGGAUUCUGCCAAACCAGCAAGCUUUAGUUGGCUGGAGAACAUACUGCAUGCAAAAAUGGGAUAUUCCAUCUCAAGCUAAUCUUAUUUCCCCCGUCUACACUGAACAAUGGAAACAUUCAGUGCAGAAUACUUCAUCAUGGAGGGGUUAGGGAAUAAGAAAGCAUUCAGUCUUUUUAUUCAUUUCCAUACCUGGGAGUUUUAUGGCAUAGUGCAUAAGUUAAAGCUCCUUGGGGACAGCUGUAGCUUGUACUCUGGUAUUUACCCUGGAUUUCGUGCAACAAUUUACUACAGCAUUCAGGUAAGUCAAGUAACCCAGCAUCAUGUGGUACACACAACACCUCUGGGAAUUUGAGCAGAGGCACGCAGUGUGGCCAGCACCAGGAGCUUACUGCGUGUGCUGUUCUGUAGCUUCCCACACAUAUCCUUGCCCAAGAGGGGAGUGGAUUGGCAAUGCUGAGCUCUGCUCUCUGUGACAGCAACAGGACCCAAGGAAAUGGCAUGGAGCUGUGUCAGGGGAGAGCCAGGUGGGGGUUAGUGGAGGUGGCCAUGGCCAGCACUCUCAGGUUUUGGAUUUGGGGUGGUCCUUUAUGGAGCCUGGGUUAGACUCGAUCCCUUCCAACUCGGGUUAUCCUGUGAUUCUGGCCAAAUGGUCAGCAGGCGCUGAAAGUGUCCCAUAACUCCCUAACUGAUACUCUGUGCCUGUUCUUGAUGUAUUGCAUCUUCAGACACUGAAGAAGAAUCCUAAGACAGUAGGAAUAACUCUGGAAAAAGCAUGGAUAUAUGCUAAUUACGACUUAAUUUGGCUAAGAGGCAGGAAAUGUUUCAACUUUAUUUUCUUUGAAUGGAGGUUUUAUUUGUCCAGCCAACAAACUGGACUCCAGAGUAGCCAGACAUGAAGGCUGACACACAGGUAUCAGCAUGCAGAUCAAAGGCUGUCAUUGUCACUGCCAGAGAAAGUGAUGCCCUCGAGAGAAGGGAGGACUCUGGAAGCCACAAGCCCGGGGCAUCACUGUGACAUUUGCUGCCCUGUAAGCAUCUUAUUUGGCUUCCCUGCCUCAGUUUCUAUAGCGUGACUUGAAUGAUGAUGGUACUCACAGACUUCAAAAUAGCACUGUGGGGUUUGUAAAGAGCUGGGGAUGAACACUGUUGCAUGUGGGUACUACAUGUGCCUCCUAUUUUAUUAUGUUGGCUCACGAUGUUGGAGAGAGAUGUUGGUGAUAUGGCAGUAGAGGUUGAACAUUCCUGCCAAUGCUCCAUUACAUUUGGUAUAGCUGGGAAUUUGCUCUGUCAAAUGGCAUUAUUGUGCUCUUUGUAGCUGUUGUAGUUUCUGUGGAAACAAAUUGGAGGCAUUACUUUUGGAGCACCCGAUGUAUCCUAUCUGCUCAUCUCUAAAUGCUGAAGGAGGUUUUUUCUCUUCUUGAAUUCCUGCAGCGUACAGCAUGGAACCAGUUAUGGUCAGAAUAAAAUCCAACAUUUUCUGCUCCUGCACAAAUCAUUUUUACUGUUCAGUUUACAAACCUCCAGCUCCAGGGAAUGCUGGGUUCACAGUACCCCAUCCAGCCAUUAAUACUUCCUUCCAAAAUUUAUUAUUCUUUAAUCUCCCUCAUAAUAUAUGAAUUACAGUCCCUAGAGGAAAUUCCUCAUUUUCCUGCAUAUGUCAUUGCUGUUUGGGAAAUUCUACAGCACUGCCAUAGUUUAAAAGCAGUAUGGCACCCUUGUACUUAUUUGAGCAAGAACUGGAUCCCAUAUUCUGUUACUUCCCAUGGCAGAACGGUGAUUUUAGCUAUUCAGAGCGGAAUUUCUGUUUCUGGGGGAUUAGCAGUGUUUUUCUUUGGGGGACUGCUGCAAUUUACGGUCAUUCUUAGAGAACAGAGAAGCUUACUCUUCCCGUAGGCACUAACGUGUUCUGCAAGUGAAGAAAGUGGGAUAUUGGGAGGGGAAAACGACCUAUUCUGGUGCUCCAGAAGGUUUCCCUUAAGAUUACUCAUUUGCUGUCUGAGAAGGCAAAGUGGGGCACUGCAAAGGAUUCUGUCAGUUGUUGCUUGCAAGGCAAGUUAAACACUUGGGAUUGUCGUGCUUAAGCCAGUUCCUGAGGUGAUCCUCUGUUAGUGGUGUGAGGAGAGCCCUGUCACUGCAGGACAGUAGAUCAUAAAUAGGGUUUUUUUUUAAUGUUGGAAUGUAUCUGCUUUGAAGUCUACUCCUAUUAAUGGUUAUAUCUUUAGAGCACUCCACUUCCUGGUCAAAUUCUAGGUUUCUUGGAAAGAUUGAGGAUUUGGCUUCUCUAUAGGUACCCAUUUUAGGCUUUUUUGGUUCUCUGCACUGAUCUUCCAAGCAGAAAUCAUAGGAAUUAGACAUCAAGUAACACUUAAGUAAGUGUAUUUGCAGUUGGUGGAGUGAGGCUCUUGGAUUUCGUGUUCACCAAAUUGGCAGGGCAGAAACUUUCCACUUCAGAAGCUCUAUCACGCACAUGAGGUUGAAGUUGUCUGCCAUCAUACACGGGGAUGUGAAGGUAUUGCUGGCAGUUAAAGGAGCACAACUGGAACGCUUCCACUGCCCAAGCAUGUAACUCCUUCUGUAAUAAUCCCUUUCACAAAUGGGUUGUUCUCCAGUGUGAAAGCAGUGAGAUACGGUGCUGUCUGAUGGCAUUAGAACCCUGCACCUCACUCUCCUAAAGCAUUAGAUGCUUUCUCUAACCCCUGCUCUGCCCUCAUUCGUUGCCAGUUCAUGAGUUUGUUCUUGAGUCCUCUUACUUAAAUUAUCCUUCUCUGUCCCUGCUGAUUACCCUGAUGGUUAUUUUGUUGAUAUCCAUGUUUUUUCUCAACAUUUGUUUUUCUCAAUGCAGCAAACAGCCAUUUUGCAGAUAGGCCCAAACUCCUCUGUUUGAUCCACACUGUCACAAGCCAGCUCAGGUACAGAUCUGCUGCUCCCUACUCACAGAGAACAAGGCUGGAAAAAGAGCACACAGGGGUCCCCCUGGCCAUCCCACACCUAAAGGUGUGGCUGUGCCCACACACAGGUGUUCUGCAUCUCAGCCCUGUUCUUUGCACACUGCUCUGUUGCAGCAUGACCUGCUGCACUGAUCUUCCAUGUCUUCAGUUUCCCUUCCCACAAUGAUGCUUCAUCUCAGGUUAGAACCACGCUGACUCUGUGGCUCUGCUUUCUGUGCAAGGCAACUGCAGCAGUUGCUCUCAUGGUGGAUUAUUCCGCGUGCUCAGGCAGCCAUCCAACCUGUGCUGGCUGGACACGUAUGUGGAUGGAAGCCAUGUGAGCACAGCACUGCGUGGCAACCUGCCUUUGUGUGAACGUCUCCUGGAAGGGAUGAACUGGCUGCUGGUAUUUCCUGUUGGCACAAACUUUCUAUGUUGCUAGAGGGAAAUGUAGAAACACCUUUUGGGGCCAGCAAAGCAGAGGGGAACACAUUCUUUUUGGGUCAUCUUACUUGAGACCAGGAAGGUGAAGGAGGCACAGCUCAGAGUGUGCGCGUGCCCUAAUAAAUGAAUGCACAAGUGAGCGGUGCCAUGGGCUGUCGGAGCAGUGUAGCUGUCAUCACUGCUCUUAUUUCUGCAAGUGUUCAGGGGACAACAGCUUGGUCCUAUAACUUCUGCUCUGAAAAAACUUUCCUGCUCAGUAUCUUAGUGGCUUUUAUUGGAAAGUGUAUUUUAUCCUAUGCUUCUCUCCUAACUGCUUCUAGAUGGUGGUACUUGGAGGAAAAGAAGCCAGUGUCGGGUAGGUAGCAAUGGAAGUGGAAGAGCUCCUUUAGAAGCCUCUCUGUGCAGAUCACUGCCUUUUGGAGGAAGGUGCAGCCAGGGAUUGCUCUGCUUGGUGAGAGAUUGCUUAGCUGGAAGGAACCCUGUGGUUCAGAACGUGCAACUUUGGGAUGGAAGGCAGUAUAACCAGUGACAAUACAAA